AUGUCAGUCGAAAUUAACAACACGUUGAUUUACUUCGUCUCGCGGCCGCUCUCACCGCCCGCAGAUGCACUGCAGACUGCAUUGCCGUCCCUUGAGCUCUCCUCAUUCCUCGCAGCCGUGUUUUCGACGAAUCUCGCUGACACGCUACGCACGUUCCCGCGCACGACGCUCCUCAUCCCGCCGAACAGUGCUUUCAAGCGCCUCGGCAUGCUCGUCUCCGCUCACCUCCUCGCCGCGUCUUCCAAGGCAGACCUUGAGCGUGUCAUUCAGCAUCACGCACUAGCAGAUGUCGAAUACGCCGCGGCGCUCGUAAACGGGUCCCAGCGCACCUUUAGCACGCUCGAAGGCUCGGACGUGCACGUUGACCGGCGCGCGAACGGGAGCGUGAUCCUCAGCGCGAGCGGCGGCUGGGCAGGCAUGCAAGCGCAGCUGGAACCGCGCGACCUGCUUACACAGACGGGUGUUAUCCACGAAGUGUCGGACAUCAUGAUCCCACGCAGCGUGCAGCUCACCGUGGGCAAGCUCGUGCGUGCGGCCAAGGGCAUGACGAUGGCCACAAUGAUGACGAAGGCAGGACUUGACUGGAUCCUCAACGGCACUGCGCCGCCGGACGGCUCACCUUGGGCGAGAGAGGGCUUUGGCGGCUCGGGAUGGACACUGCUAUGCCCAACCGACGAUGCGUUCAAGCAGGUAAACCUGACCAAGCUGUACGCCGACCCAGAGGAACUGCGCGAGAUCGUCAGCCAGCAUCUCAUUCCACCCUCCUCAUCUCCCAUCCGGGAGCCGCUCACAGACGUGAUCGAUGUGCUGAACAACAACCGGCCCAUCGCGAUGGACGACAGCGCAACAUACACGACGUUACACACUACGGAUUCUGAGUCUAUCUACGCGGACGUCGUGUUCCGCAUACUGGACGGGCAGGAGGGCACGGUCGUCGGCGUACGCGGUGCGCGCGGGAAGGACGGGCAGCACGAUUGGGCACGUGUGCUCUCGUGGGGCCGGUCCACGACGGGCGGGGGCACCGGUGGUGUUGUGCAGAUUGACCGGCUGCUCAUGCCGCACCGUCCACCAUGGUAUAUUGCGGUCGGGGCACCAAUCGCGGUUGGCGUUGUUGGGGUGAUUGCAAUCGGAGCGUUCUUCUGGACGAUUCUGAGGAGUCAUGACGAGCGCGUCGAUGGCGCUGCUCAUGCUGCUGUCUCACUAUGGGUAUACGGAUGGGUUGGGCUCUGCAUACCCGAAAUCUAUGUCGCCCUGGGGGAUGUGCAGCCAGGUCUGACGACCAGUGAUGGACAGACCGAGCCUUCGCCAGCUGAAGAGGCCAAUGUGAGCACGUCCGGUGCGCCAACGUCCACGACGGAGUCGCUCAAGUCUUUCCUUGCGGGAGGGUUCGGAGGCGUUGCGGCGGUAGUAGUAGGGCAUCCGUUUGACCUCACCAAGACGCGACUACAGACCGCUGCACCUGGAACCUACACUGGCGCGAUUGAUGUUGUGAAGAAGACCAUUGCGCGAGAUGGGGCUACAGGACUUUACCGCGGUGUAGUCCCGCCACUAUUAGGCGUCACACCAAUAUUUGCCAUGUCGUUCUGGGCAUAUGAUAUGUCCAAAGCGCUGAUCCUGGCUGCAACGCCGAAUCGCACGACUAAGGAACUAUCCAUCGCUGAGCUUGCGACAGCAGGCUUCCUAUCUGCAGUACCCACUACACUGGUCACUGCACCCGUAGAGCGCGCAAAGGUCCUACUGCAGGUUCAAGGCCAAGGGCAGGGUGGUCGGCAGUAUACCGGGGUAUUCGACGUUGUCAAGCACUUAUACAAGGAGGGUGGUCUUCGGAGCGUGUUCCGCGGUUCUGUAGCCACGGUUGCCCGAGACGGGCCCGGCAGUGCCGCAUACUUCGCCGCCUACGAGCUGACGAAGAAGAUGCUAACGCCAGCAGGGGCAUCUCCAUCAGAGCUGAAUUUGGGAGCGAUCGUCGUGGCAGGCGGCACGGCGGGCAUUGCGAUGUGGUCUAUCGCUAUUCCACCUGACGUGCUCAAGUCGAGAAUCCAGUCUGCCCCCACAGGGACGUACUCCGGCUUCAUGGACUGUGCGCGGAAGACAAUAGCAGCAGACGGCGUUCGCGCGCUUUGGAAGGGCUUGGGUCCUGCUAUGGCAAGAGCAUUUCCUGCGAACGCCGCAACCUUCAUGAGUCCCAAGACGAAUGACGUUGCGAAGACUCUCCGCAACUUCUCGGCAUCCGAAAUCGCUCAAGACCCGCGGAAGUUUGACAUUUGGGUGACCCACCAUAGGUGUCAGACAGUGGGAUAUUCCGACAUUCCAAAAGCGUACAAGGCAGACGUCAAGCAGGUGUUCAAGUUUGAGCGGCGGCUACCCAUGUCCCUCCUCACCGAUCCGGACCUCUGGACGAAUGCGACCGAAGUCAAGGAGUUUCUGCAGCGGGCACAUAAUAAGGCGCCGCACUUGUUCUCAAGUAGCUUGGAACUCGAUGCUGAACACAUGGACAGGCUGCUUGGCGAGAUGCGGUUCGUACAUGCAGCUUGGAAGGCCUUGCGAUCGCGUUCCAAGACAGGAGACCCGCCAUGGUCCGAGAAGGACUUUGCCGUGAACGUGUAUCUACGAUCGCAUCCGAUUCAGGCGCAAUGGUCGCGGGAGUGUGUAUCGAAAGCGUCCGCUACCUGGCUGCCUCUUCGGUAG